AUGAUGUACGAACAAAGGCAAUUACCAGGAUGCCUUUUAGGUGAUGGUUGUUAUCCACAAUUGCAAUAUUUAUUUACUCCAAUCAGAAAUCGACAAACUAUAGCAGAAGAGAGAUAUAAUAAAGCCCAUAUUGCAACAAGAAAUACCGUAGAAAGAUUGAAUGGCAUACUAAAAAGAAGGUUUGGCUGUCUAUCAAAAAAGUUAGCCACCAAACUUAGUACAACAUUAUUAAUUAUAUCAGCUUGUGCAGUUCUUCAUAAUAUUGCCAUAUUUAGAUACGAAGAACUUCCACAAAACCUAGAGGAAGAGUUUGAUUAUAAUCAAAUAGUUCAACAGGAAUACAAUGGUCCACCUAAUGUAUAUGGCAAUAUAAUAAGAUCCGAAUUCAUUAUUAGACAUUUUCAAUAA